AUGGCUACAACAUGGAAUCAACGUCGACGCGAACGCCAACAUUUAGGUUUAUUUUGGACAAUGGUCAUACAAGCGACUGUGAUAUAUAAUGAUAUUAAAUGUUGUGAACAUCUUCCUAGAGCUCUUCAUACCAAUUGGGAUUCCGAAAGAGAGUUGACACUUACACGAAUGUUUGGCAUGAGUGAUACGGUAUGUCGUGAUCUACUUAGGAUGAAAAUAGGUCCGUUUCAAAGAUUAUGUGCUCGUUUGCGAACGUAUGGGUUGGUUGAUAGUAAAUUUGUCAGAAUUGAGGAACAAGUGGCUAUUUUUCUAAAUACCGUCGGACAUGACCAACGUAAUCGAUCUGUACAUUUUACUUUCUUUCGAUCUGGUCAAAUGGUGAGCUUUUACUUCCACAGAGUCUUGCACGCUUGUCUUCGACUAUAUAGAGAAGUUGUGAUUAACGUCACUCCUCAUCACUCUCCAUACGAGAAGGAAAAUGUGAAGCCAUGGUACUCAUUUUUUCAGGAUGCUGUAGGGGCAAUAGAUGGUACGCAUAUAGCUGUGAAUGUGCCCUUAGAGGAGCAAGCUAGAUAUCACAAUAGAAAACAGGUGAUUUCUCAAAAUGUUUUGGUAGCUUGUACAAUUGAUAUGAAAUUUACAUAUGUGCUUGCCGAUUUCAUGGCACAUAAUCGACAAAUCUCUACGGCACCGUUUCAAGUGCCUAGACCAACCAUCCAUUUAGAUGUGGAGGAAAUAAGCUCAACCAAAAUGGAUCUCAAUGCUAGGAAUCGUCAUGAGAGUCGGAGUGAUGCAAUGAAUGGUUGUACAAUAACUGCAUUACUACGUCAAGUGUUGGUCGGUCACAAAAAGGAGUGA